CCGCUCCGCAAGACCCUGCGCACCCGCCGCUGUCUGCAAGCAAGAGGAGCAGAGGGGAGGAGGAAGAGCAGGAGGAGGAAGGCAGCCAACAAAGCGAGCAGCCCGCAGCGGGGCACGCACGUGUGCGAGCAGCCUUUCGACGGCCACCCUCAGCAUGCUGCGCGGAGCUGCGCGGGGCAGCGCGGCCGGGAGGAGCUGACUGCGGCCGCGGGAGAAGAGCGGAGCAGAGCGGAGGAGCGGCUCCGAGGAAACCGCCGUUUGUCCGUCCCGUCCGGCCUGACCCCGACACACACCCCCCUCCGAGGGAGCCGGCGGUCCCGCAGCAUGGGCGGCUGCAGCCCCCUCGCUGCCGCCGGGGCCGCUGUCCUGGUGCUGCUCCUGGGGCACUUCACUCUCUGCUUCGCCGUAGAGGAAAAGAAAGUUUGUCAAGGGACAAAUAACAAGUUGACCCAGCUGGGACAUGUGGAAGAUCACUUCACCAGCCUGCAGAGGAUGUACAACAACUGUGAGGUGGUACUCAGCAACCUGGAGAUUACGUAUGUGGAGCACAAUCGUGACCUGUCUUUCCUGAAGACGAUACAGGAGGUUGCAGGCUACGUGCUCAUCGCGCUUAACAUGGUGGAUGUCAUUCCCCUAGAAAAUCUCCAGAUCAUCCGAGGAAAUGUGCUCUAUGACAACUCUUAUGCCCUGGCAAUUUUAUCCAAUUACCACAUGAAUAAAACCCAGGGACUCCGAGAGCUGCCGAUGAAGCGGUUGUCAGAAAUUCUCAAUGGAGGUGUUAAAAUCAGCAACAACCCCAAACUGUGCAACAUGGACACUGUUCUCUGGAAUGACAUCAUUGACACCAGCAAGAAGCCUCUCACGGUGCUUGAAUUUGAAAGCAACCUGUCUUCUUGUCCCAGAUGCCAUCCAAACUGCACAGAAGACCACUGCUGGGGCCCUGGAGAACAGAACUGCCAGACAUUAACGAAAGUCAUCUGUGCCCAGCAGUGCUCUGGCCGGUGCAGGGGAAAGGUGCCCAGCGACUGCUGCCAUAACCAGUGUGCUGCGGGGUGCACGGGGCCUCGGGAGAGCGACUGCCUGGCAUGUCGCAAGUUUCGGGAUGAUGCUACAUGCAAGGAUACAUGUCCCCCAUUGGUCCUGUAUAACCCCACCACUUACCAGAUGGAUGUCAACCCUGAUGGAAAAUACAGCUUUGGAGCCACUUGUGUGCGGGAAUGUCCACACAACUAUGUGGUGACAGACCACGGCUCCUGCGUUCGCUCCUGUAAUACCGAUACGUAUGAAGUGGAAGAAAAUGGUGUUCGGAAGUGUAAAAAGUGUGAUGGGCUAUGCAGCAAAGUGUGCAACGGCAUUGGAAUAGGUGAACUUAAAGGGAUCCUCUCCAUAAAUGCCACAAACAUCGACUCCUUCAAAAACUGUACCAAGAUCAAUGGGGAUGUAAGCAUCCUCCCAGUUGCAUUUCUAGGUGAUGCCUUCACAAAGACCCUGCCCUUGGACCCCAAGAAGCUGGAUGUCUUCAAAACAGUCAAAGAAAUCACAGGAUUUUUGUUGAUUCAGGCCUGGCCUGAUAAUGCUACUGAUCUUUAUGCUUUUGAAAAUCUGGAGAUUAUACGAGGCAGAACCAAGCAACAUGGCCAAUAUUCCCUUGCUGUUGUUAACUUGAAAAUACAGUCCUUAGGGCUGCGCUCCCUCAAGGAAAUCAGUGAUGGAGAUGUUGCCAUUAUGAAGAACAAGAACCUCUGCUAUGCUGACACCAUGGACUGGCAAAGACUGUUUGCAACUCCAAGCCAGAAAACAAAGAUUAUACAGAACAGAAAUAAAAAUGAGUGUGCUGCUGCCAGGCACGUUUGUGACCCCCUGUGCUCAGAUGUGGGCUGCUGGGGCCCAGGGCCCUUCCACUGCUUCUCCUGCAGGUUUUUCGAUCGCCAAAAGGAGUGUGUGAAACAGUGCAACAUCCUGCAAGGGGAGCCAAGAGAGUUUGAAAGGGAUUCCAAGUGCCUCCCGUGCCACCCUGAGUGCCUGGUGCAGAACUCCACCAUGUACAACGCAACCUGCACUGGACCUGGCCCUGACAAUUGCAUGAAGUGUGCCCAUUUUAUAGAUGGCCCCCACUGCGUGAAAUCCUGCCCAGCGGGAGUUCUGGGUGAGAAUGACACCCUUGUCUGGAAAUACGCUGAUGGGAAUGCUGUUUGCCAGCUCUGCCAUCCAAACUGCACCCGAGGGUGCAAAGGGCCAGGUCUUGAAGGCUGUCCAAAUGGCUCCAAAAUCCCAUCUAUCGCAGCGGGUGUUGUUGGAGGGCUCCUGUGCUUGGUGGUGGUUGGCUUGGGCAUCGGCCUUUACUUGCGGAGACGCCACAUCGUCAGAAAGAGGACCCUGCGCCGGCUGCUGCAGGAGAGGGAGCUUGUUGAACCACUGACACCCAGCGGGGAGGCACCAAACCAGGCUCAUCUGAGAAUUUUAAAGGAAACAGAAUUUAAAAAGGUCAAAGUUUUAGGCUCUGGAGCUUUCGGCACUGUUUAUAAGGGACUUUGGAUCCCUGAAGGGGAGAAAGUUAAAAUUCCUGUGGCUAUUAAAGAAUUGAGAGAGGCUACCUCACCAAAAGCCAACAAGGAAAUACUUGACGAAGCUUAUGUGAUGGCUAGUGUUGACAAUCCUCAUGUGUGCCGCUUGUUGGGAAUCUGCCUCACUUCCACUGUCCAGCUCAUCACACAACUGAUGCCUUAUGGUUGCCUCCUUGAUUACAUCCGAGAGCACAAGGACAACAUCGGCUCCCAGUACCUUCUCAACUGGUGUGUGCAGAUUGCAAAGGGAAUGAACUAUCUGGAGGAGCGUCGCCUGGUGCACCGUGACCUUGCUGCCAGGAACGUCCUUGUUAAGACUCCUCAACACGUGAAAAUCACAGACUUUGGGCUGGCAAAGCUGCUCGGUGCUGACGAGAAGGAGUAUCACGCCGAGGGAGGCAAGGUUCCUAUUAAAUGGAUGGCCUUGGAGUCAAUUUUACAUCGGAUUUACACUCAUCAGAGCGAUGUCUGGAGUUACGGUGUGACAGUUUGGGAGCUGAUGACAUUUGGGUCCAAGCCGUAUGAAGGGAUCCCUGCCAGUGAGAUCUCCUCUGUCUUGGAGAAGGGAGAGCGUUUGCCCCAGCCCCCCAUCUGCACCAUUGACGUGUACAUGAUCAUGGUCAAAUGCUGGAUGAUUGAUGCAGACAGCCGUCCCAAGUUCCGCGAACUGAUAGCAGAGUUCUCAAAAAUGGCCCGUGACCCUCCACGCUAUCUCGUUAUACAGGGAGAUGAUAGGAUGCACCUGCCCAGCCCUACAGACUCCAAGUUUUAUCGCACCCUUAUGGAAGAGGAGGACAUGGAAGAUAUAGUGGAUGCUGAUGAGUAUCUCGUGCCACACCAGGGCUUUUUCAACAGCCCUUCAACAUCCCGCACUCCUCUCUUGAGUUCAUUGAGUGCUACUAGCAACAAUUCUACGACAACCUGCAUUGACAGGAAUGGGCAGGGGCAUCCUGUGAGGGAAGACAGCUUUGUCCAGAGGUAUAGCUCAGAUCCAACAGGCGCUUUCUUGGAGGACAGCAUAGAUGAUGGCUUCCUGCCAGCCCCAGAGUAUGUAAACCAGUUGGUGCCCAAGAAAACAUCUGCCCCAGCUGUCCAGAAUCCGAUCUACAACAACUUCUCUCUCACAGCAAACUCAAAGGUCCCCACAGACUCCAGCUACCAGAAUUCACACAGCACAGCUGUGGACAACCCCGAGUAUCUCAACACCAGCCAGUCUCCGCUGGCCAAGACAAUCUUUGAGACCUCUCCUUACUGGAUCCAGGCAGGCAACCACCAAAUAAAUCUGGACAAUCCUGACUACCAGCAGGACUUCUUACCGAAGGAAACCAAACCUAACGGUCUCCUGAAAGUUCCCGCAGCAGAAAACCCAGAGUACUUGAGGGUAGCAGCACCAAAAAGUGAAUACAUUGAAGCCUCGGCAUGACCAUAGAGGAUUUCUUCUUGCAGUGAGGGAAGCCAGACCCUCGGUGAACUACCUGGCUGCUGCAAGAAUAGACACUUGCUCACAGCGGACAACAACCGCAAUGCAUCGAGAAGCACACUUUUCCUUUUCAGCACAAGGGCUGAAACUGCGAGGUCUAUUUGAUGGUAGUUUGGGUCUUUUCUUGCCUAUUUCCAUGUAAUAACUGAGGCCCAUAACCUGUGCUCAGAUGGAUGUUGUGAUGGAGUGGGAUCUUCCCGGACAAAAGAAACAUGGAUGCAUUCCUUUCAUUGUCAAAUGGUAGCACGGUGAGAAACCACUCUGGGAUGAACUCGAGAGCUGUACACAUUGUACACUUUUAGAUUCCUUUCUACAGCCUGUAUUUUUAUAAAUGUUUCUAAGAGAAUUUUUGGAUCUUUUACAUGAUGGGACGCUUGUGCUGCUGGUCUGCUAUGUGGUGCUCAGAUCACCAGCAGGAAAAACCCCUUUGUGUUACUAAACAGUUUUCCAAUACUCCUAGAGCAGAAACAGUUAUUCCAAACCACCAUAUUUUUUACAAAUUGGCUUCAUAAACUGCCUCUUGGCACGAAGAGGAGAAGUGCAUCUGGGGGACGUGUGGGAGAUUCUGCCCAGGGCCUGUAUGGAGUGGACUGCUCCAGGGAAAACUAGCACAAGAAGCGAAACGGCACGACGCAUCACCUACUGACCACUACUGCUAAUGACUGAGAGGAGGAAGCUGCCUCAGAGUCACCUGUACAUGGAUACAAAGUGCUCGCUACUCUGUUCUCUGAUGGUCAAACUCAAGACAUUUGUUUUCUGAUCCCUUAUGCGGCUGUCAAGUUGUCAAAAUGCCUUUCUUCUUCAACAGAACUGUUAAAGAUGUUGCCCUAAUUGAAAAAUGAAGUGUCAAGUAAUGUUUAACAGACUUUAAUUAAAUGUCAAGGAAAUGCAAAUAAUGGCAAACUGGAGCAUUCACAAGACAGACUGGAAGAUCUACCCUAAAUUAAACUUGACUAGGGCAAGAAACACAGGUAGCAAGGUGUUUUAUUUCCCUUCUUAAAGGGGCACAGAGCAGAAAUAAUUUUCCCUUGUACAUCUGGCAAAGAAGAGGGGUCUAUCAGUGUUACGCUUCACUCACUUCAAGGCAGAAUACUGCCAAUUGCUUGGGGCAGAGGCUGGGGCUGGUUGCCUGUCCCUUUGGGGUUACAUAGCCUGGCAAUCUAGGAGGGGCAGUGGCAAUGAGUUAAGGAAGAAUAAUCCAGAGUGAUGGAAAAUAUGAUCUCCCUCUUCUGAAACACAGGGCUGCCUUCUGCUUCUUUAAAAUACCCAGCAUCAUCUUCUGUUGCCAGUGUGGAAUAGGCAGGCGAGGCAAGGCUGCGAUUUUAGCUUGACUAUGAAUCAAUCACAGCAGCAAAAGCAGCUACUCCUUCCAGGGGCCUGUGAUACAGAACUUCAGAUUCUUCCAUCAUUAACAUUUCUUAUGAAUGUAGGAUGAGAAAAGUGCUUAAAGUGUGAAUUUAGUCAGUAAUUUAGGUGCACGCCACCAGCAUUGGCAGUAUGAUUUUAAUCAGACCACUAGAUCACAAAGCAAAUGCACAUUUGGUGAUUUUGCUACAAAGCCCCUUAACUAGUUGAACAUUGGCAGCUUGCUUGAGGGUAGCAUAAGCAGCUAAGUUGCAGAGGAUAUGUAGCCUAUAAAGUAGCUAGAAAUAGAUUUAUGCCACCACCACAUUCUGAAUACAUCAGGAUGUGUUUCAGUUUAAGUACUGCAUCUGGAGUCCAGGAUCAAGCAGAAGGUGUUCAGAACAUCGUUUUUACAGAUUUAUUGAGGGAAGAAGGAGAACUGUCAUGUGAAAUGACCCCUUUUAUAAGUAACAUGGUGUAAAAUGCGUUAGUAUCUUGUGUGUGUGCAGUAGCUCAUUGGCCAUGCUGCAGCCUAGGGUAAAGCAAUCUAUUGGGUCAAAAUCCAAAGAUUUUCCUGCUUGGAACGUGCGUGUCACUGUGACCGAGACCCAGGCACUGCAGUGUGGAGAACACAGUGUUUGACUAUUACUGACUUGCAUUUAAAACAUUAACCAGAAUGUAGUUCCCACAUCCAAUUAGUGGCAGAUUUCUCCUUGCAUUCCUGAGAGCAGAUUUGUUGUGCUGCUCUCACAAGCGUGCAACAUGUAUGCACAGGCAGUGCUGCUUUCCUCCACCCACCGCCCGGGGAGGAGUGUACAUAGACCCAAAAACAGAUCUCAACAGAAAUCACAGAUCAUUUUCAAUUUGCUAAAUCCGUUGUGUCUGCAAGCAGAACAUUGGAAGAAUCACAGUGUGCGUGUUCUCCUGCGGAAUCUUUCCGACGCUAUUGCACAAAGGGAUUUAUUGAUGUGUUGUUUUAAUGUUAGCUAAAACAAGAAAGCCAUAAGCAGUAUGUAUCACCAGCAUUAUGUAGCAUCAAAAUUAUCGAAUAUAGCUUAAUAUACUUGGCCUUUUAAAACUAUUUAGGGGGGAUUCAGUAGCAACUCCUUGAUAGAAGCAAGGAGAUACAUCUAAAAAUCAAGCAAUGUAAGUCUGAAAGACCAUUGCUUUUUGAAUGUGUUUUUUUAAUGAGAAAGCAGGAAAGAGGAUGUAGGACCACAAACUCUUGAUGUGAAUAUACAGAUUCCAGGGGGGAUUUGCAGGGGCAGAUACAGCAGCACUGGGAGAAAAUGGGACUGGGCAACUGCAUGGCUGUUGCAGGAGGCACCGGUGAUGUUCGUAGGCUAACAGACAUUAGCGAUGUACCAAAUGAUUUCCAUAGAGAUGCUAAAAAGGAGAAGGAUCAAUAAGUAGCUGAAAUGGUCUGGUUUUCCCAUUGCAGCUCCUUGAGUAUUGAACAGCAAGGUGCAUCCUGUGAAUUAUGGCUACUCAUAAAGGUGAACCCGUUUAGGCAGCACAACUCAGCAUCCAGAAAUAACCUGAAAGUUCUGCCAUUGUCUCUCAGGAGAUUUGGGGUAGAAAAUGCUGACUUUAAAAUGCAGCUAAAUAGAGAAAUGUAGAAGGCCACAGCUGCUUGUAAAAGCUGACAGAGUCUUGUCAAUCCAGAAAAUUAAAACUUCCCUUUUUACUGUAUUUCUCAAUGAAGGCAAAAUAAAACCACUCGCAAGUUAGGGCUUAGUGUCUCUUGAUCAUAAAGCAGUAGUUACUAUGCAACUGCUUUUGCAAUAAUAAUUUAAGACUCUUAAUAACUGCUAAGUAUAUGAAAAUAUAAGUUAAGUUGGGAGGCUUUAUCUUACUUUGAUGUUUUCCAGUGAUUUGUGUACAGUGUCAGCACACUUGACUUCAUCUGGGCCUUGGGUGCUGCAAAGGGAGUUGGCUUGGGAAAUCUCCUUCAUGUUGCAAUUGAUCUUGUCAGGUAAAUUCAUCCUGGAGGCUGGGGGCUUGCUCUUGUUUCCAGCUGGCAGGCAACAAUGCAGUGAGUUUUCUGUUGAGAACAGUUGGAAAUAGACAGCAGUUGAUGCCCUGUCCCACCAGCAUCACCAUCAGAUGGCCAUGUGAAGCCCCAGCAUUAGAAAAUACAGGGCGUAUAAUGAUGUCACAGGACCCCAACCAGGUCCCAUCACAAGUUGUCUGGGGUGUCCUCUGUCUGUCUAGGGGUGCUCCAGGGUGCCAAGGAGAAACUUUGCAUUUCCAGACAAGCGCUCAUUUUUCACAUUCAGAGUUCAACAUCUUCUGUUAGUACAAGCACUGCCUCUUCAGAUCAGCAGUUCUGGUGUACUCUGGCUUUUGUUCCCCCCUGUGUUUCUCUGUGAGAAAACAUCUGAAUCAGGACAAAGUAUGAAAAUGUACCUGUGUCCUCCUUCCUGAUGGAAACUGUAUACUCGUGGAAAGUCAAGCCCUGUGUAUAACACUUAGCAAGGAUGCUUUGUGAUGUUUUAUCACCACUGGUUCAAAUUUUUAUAUUGGGAUCCCAUUUUCUAGUUUUCUUUUUGUAAGUGUUACUUCUUUGUUCUGACAUACACCUUCUAAGGAGCCUUUUUAAAAUAACUAAAAAAAUUAAACAAUAGACAAAAAAAUCCACCCCACAAAACAUGACACCUUCAAGUAGCUUGUCAAAUGGGCUGCAUUAGGACCAAAGAUGUCACGUCUUGUUUUGUUGCUUUAAAGGAAUAGGCUAUUGAUCACCGCUUCCACAGCCUCUCAUUACAGGGAAAAGCUAUACAGAACUCCACUCGUUGUUGGGGCUUAGACAGACCUCCAAAGGGCUUGACAGGAGGAUGAGGCCUGUCCAUAGAAAGCCAAACCAAAUAUGAGGACCAGUUAUCACUUCAGGGCCAGACCUACAACCUCUGUUCCAUUUUGAUUUAUUUUCUACUCAAUACAACAGCUAAACAGGGGCACAGUCAAGAAAAAAUGAUACAAAUACAUGAUGUUUUGGCUUGGUAUCAGGGGAAAAGAUACAAUGAUGUGAAGAUGAGACAUGAUGAGAUAACUGCUUUUAAUGUGAGGAAGUGUGUAGGCAGGCAGUGAGACUUUAAACUGAUAACAGUUUUGGUUAUGUAUUACUUUAAUUACAUGGGGGAGUUGAAAUCAUGGCACUUUCAUGACAUGCUUUACUUCCUGCCACACAUCCUGCCUCCGUUUGACAUUGUGUGUUUUGGCAGAUCACCUGUAUUACCAUGGCCGUGCGGACUGAGAGCUGUGGGUUGCUCAGAGGUACUGCAUGCAGCCAUGCAGGGAGAGAAGAGUGCGGUGAGAGUACCACAGUUAAUGGUGAAGCAAACCCUCAGUAGCAUCCAAAAAGGGCUUUCAGAGGGAAAAUUGACAGUUUGAGAAUUAGCUGGCGAAAGACAUGUCACUUACUGCACCUCUGAAGCCAGACAGCCUUUGGCCAAGACUCAGGGCUAGUGCUCCUCUGACUUUGCUCUUGUCUGCUUAGAUGGUGCAGACAGGACUGCAUGCAUGACAAUACGGGCCAUGCAGUCCCUCUGUACCUCUUGCCUUGAAGCAAUAGAUUUUUCUGAUUAGUAAGGUGAAAACCAGGAAUCAAACUUGUCACUAACAACUGGACUGGUGGAAGGUGUUGUUCUGAUGUAGCUGGUAUGGUACAUAGGUUCCACUCAUGCUGGAAUUCAUCCAGCCUCUUCUUCUUACCUCUCACAAGCCAGCUGCAGAGCGUUUGUUUGCAACCACCAUCAAUGUAAUCCUCAUAUUUUACAAAAGGGAAUAAGUAAAGUAGGUGUCUGCAAUGGUAGGAAGCUUGACUCGCAUACCUAAGUUGCUUUUUUAAUCCUACAUUCCUAAUAUCAUUCCCCUUGAAUUUAAUGGGAUGCUUAACUUAGUUACACUGAGAGUAUAAAACAAGGCUAAUGUUGAGUGAUUUUUGAGAAUCCCUCGCAAUAAUCAGAGAUCCUAUGGAUCCAUUGCCCUUUUUAGGCUGCUUUGUAUUGAUGCAAUCAACGGAGUAUAAGGUAUAAUGUCUUGGUUUUAAUAAACUGUCAAGCAAUAUAUCCAUAGAUACAGACGGUACCCUCGCAGCAUUGUAAAAUUACUCAUCUAUGAAAGCACUAUUUGUACAGUAAGAAACUCUUUUGACUUUUAUAUGGUUUAAUGGUUUAUACUGUUGAUCAAAGAUUGUUUGUAUAUUGAGCAAUUAAAAUGAGGUGUAUAUUAUUCUUUUUAAUGGUUUAAUUUUUUGAGAACUUUUGUUGUAAUAUACUGUUGUAUGUGGGGGGAGGAAAAAUCAGUGGCCUGCUUGUAGGGUUUGUAGCCAGAGAAGAACUCACAGUAAGGGUUCUUUAUUGAUGGGCUUAGAUUUUAACUCUUUUUCUGGUAAAAGCUGUCACACUGGGGAUUUAUCCAGGGCUUAGUGAAGCUAAUCACGGGACCCUUUCCUCUCUCUGAGACUCUGACUCUCUGCAUGCACAGUGCCCGAGUUUCAUAAUGUGAGCAAUAAUACAGCCAACACUUGUGACCAUUGGAAGUGCAAUAUGAAAGCCCAGGUGCUGCUUAUCGGGGCGCUAAUGAAAGCUGCUCCUUUGAAUUGCAUGGCAGGUUCUCAUUUUACCUUCAUUAUAAUAGCAGAAGCAGAGUCAAAGCAACCCACCAAAAGCUCAUCCAUGUGAUAAUGUGGCAUAUGAGCCAUAUUGUUGGCUCAAUGUACAUAACAUACGUUGCUUGUGUUCUGGAUUCCCUUGUAAGGAAAGGUAAAGUCUUGACCAGAGUCACCUUGGUGACUUAAAUGGUAUUGUACUAGGCAGAAUAAGGAAUUGUGUUAGCAAAGCUGGUCAAAUAAAGCUCCAGCAUCCCCUGAGCAUUGGCGCUUAAUUAUCCCACUGGUGGAACAUGUAGCACACAAAGAUUAAAGGAAUUAGAGGGUCCUCAACAGAGUGUCUGGGUUGAUGAGACAGUAGAGAGGAGCUGGAACUGCCAGUACACAUACAGCCUGGAUAGUCCCUGGUGUCACAAUUAGUAAAUUAAAUCAUUUUUGUCUUCAUAAAUGAACUUUUACACAGGAAAAAAGCCACUACAGCACCUUUCUCAUUUUCACCUUUCCAUCCAGUCCCUUCCAAUACGUAGGCUGCAUGUUUUACCAGCUCAACCUAUUUUAUGCAGAAAUGAUGUAGUCUUAAUCUUCAUAUUACUGGUUCUCAGAAAUGUCUAAUGCGUAUUACUGCAUGAUAUUUUUAUUUUAAUAAAAGUAAUUAAAUAAACCUUU